GAAAAACUGCUAAAACUAUACUAUCCAAAUACACUUUAUCCUUCGCAUCAUUUCUCGUUCUUCUUCCCUUCUUUCCAAAGAUUGCAAGCAAUCCAACCCAGCAACACAUCACCACUCCAAAAAGUCGAAUGACAUGACGUCCAAGCGAAGUCACACGACGGAGCUCGGCUGCAUAGCCGGCGAGGAGCUAUCCGACCUCGGUGCAGGCAAGGAAGGAUGGCUCGUUGAAAACCCGAACCUUCUAUGCGCUCUAGACACUCACUCUCUCGCUCUUGCAAAUCGGUCUUUAAUUUUAAUCACCGGGUGGGACGAUGGGCCCCGUAGCAAGAUCCGACCCGAGCUGUCCCCAAUCGAAUCGGAAAUCAUUUCCGCUCUAGAAUGGCUAGUGUUUGACGAGAUUAAAGUGAUCGCAGUUGGCACUUCACGUGGGUAUUUCAUGGUUUAUUCAUUGGAUGGUCUUUUAAUUCAUAGACAGUUGGUGUAUCCUGGGCGUAUAUUGAAAUUAAGAGUCCGUGGAACUAAGAAAGAUAUGAUGAGUAGUCAUGAGGGGUCCAGUGAGGAGGUUUCGGUUGUUAUUCCUGGCGUCAUUGCGCGUUUCGAUGGCGCUGAUAUUCGGAAUAUAUUGCAAGAGUGGUUUCAAGAAACGAAUUCGCAUUUCUGGGAUGAAAAGUCGAAAAGGAGAGAUUACGAGGAGCUAGGAAAUGGUUUUAAGAGAUUGCCUCAUCAGUUGUGGAGUGUUGAUAAAUUUGGGUUGUGUGCUGAUGCAGCUAUCACUGGAAUAAUGCCUCCUCCGCUAAUGGAAAUUCAGGUGUUCACAUGGGUUUCUUAUACUGAUGAACUUAUUGCUGCUUUUAUUGUUGGACAGUCAAGUCAACGUUACUAUCGUGCAGUCACAAUUGGAGAGGAUGCUGUGAUUUCAGCUUAUAGGCUUUCAGAAGACAGAAGCAGGUCUUUGGUGGGAGCUAUUUUGUCAAAAGUUAUGCCCGCAGCAUUCUCAACUAUAUCUUCUGUUUCUAAAAUGAUAUGGCGAAGUGAACGAACGCCAACCAAAAAGCCGGAAGUAAAGCCUCAAUCAUUUGCUAAAGCUUCUCCCUUAACAUGUCUGAAGGAUCACCCAAGGAAAGGUGAGAAGCUCACAUUAUCACCUAGUGGAACAUUGGCUGCGAUUACAGAUUCACUUGGUCGUAUAUUGUUAUUGGACACUCAGGCACUGGUGGUUGUGCGACUAUGGAAGGGAUAUCGUGAUGCUAACUGUCUGUUUAUGGAGAUGCUAGUUAGCAUGAACAGUGCGGGGGCAAGUUCCUCUCACCAUGAACCAUCAAAGAGUGAUUAUUGCCUCUGUCUAGCAAUUCAUGCACCUCGGAAAGGGAUCAUUGAGGUCUGGCAGAUGAGAACUGGACCACGUCUGCUAACAAUUCAAUGUGCCAAGGGUAGUAAAUUACUGCAACCAACAUACAGGUUUGGAUCAUCAUUGGACUCUCCAUAUGUUCCUCUAGAAGUGUUCUUAUUGAACGGAGACUCAGGUCAAUUGUCAGUUUUAAACCGUUCUCUUAACUGAAUCUGUAAAUCAUUUUCUUUCUUCAGCUUUGUACCCUUUUAUUUGCUGUAUGAUAACUGAGAUAAUUUCUUCUGCA